AUGCGUGAGAUUGUUUCUAUCCAAUGUGGCCAAGCUGGUAACCAAAUUUCCUCGGCCUUCUGGUCCACCAUCGCCGGCGAGCACGGCCUGGACAACUCCGGCCAUCUCGUCGAUACCUCCGAAUCGCAGCGUCUCGAUCGCAUGGAAGUCUUCUUCGCCGAAGCCUCCAACCGCAAAUUUGUCCCGCGCUCCGUCGCCGUCGAUCUCGAGCCCUCCACGCUCGACGCCAUCCGCUCCGGUCCCCAGGGCGACAUGUUCCGCCCCGAUUCCUUCAUCUCCGCAGACUCGGGUGCGGGAAACAACUGGGCCAAAGGAUUCUACACCGAGGGCGCUGAGCUCAUGGAGUCUAUCAUGGACGUCGUCCGCCGCGAGGCCGAAAACACAGACUCGCUCCAGGGAUUCCAGGUCACGCACUCGCUCGGCGGUGGAACUGGUUCCGGUCUGGGAACCCUUCUUCUGACAAAGAUCCGCGAAGAGUACCCCGACCGCAUGCUUUGCACAUACUCUGUCCUUCCCUCGCCCAAGGUCUCCGAUACCGUCACCGAGCCCUACAACGCCGUGCUCUCUUUCCACCAGCUUGUCGAGAACGCAGACGAGACCUUUUGUCUCGACAACGAGGCGCUCUACGAUAUCGCGACCAAGACCCUCAGAAUCGCUCAGCCUGACUACUCGGAUCUCAACAAGCUCAUUUCGAUGGUCAUGUCCGGCGUCACUACCUGUCUUCGAUUCCCGGGUCAGCUUAACAGUGAUCUUCGAAAGUUGGCCGUCAACAUGGUUCCCUUCCCUCGUCUACAUUUCUUUAUCGUCGGAUUCGCUCCUCUUUUCGCCGCCAACACCCGUGCUUUCCACCAAUUGGGCGUCCAGGAGCUGACCCAGCAGCUGUUCAACCCCGUCAACAUGAUGGCCGCCGCGAACCCCAUGCACGGCCGCUACCUGACCGCGUCGACGAUCUUCCGCGGCAAAGUCUCGACCAAAGAAGUCGAGGACUCGGUGGUCACUAUGCGCACAAAGAACUCGCCCUACUUUGUCGAAUGGAUUCCCAACAACAUUCAGACCUCGAUCUGCAACAUCCCGCCCGCGCAUCUCAAGACAUCGGCGACCUUCAUCGGAAACUCGACCGCCGUGCAGGAGCUGUUCUUGCGCACAAGUAACCAGUUCACCGCCAUGUUCAGACGCAAGGCCUUCUUGCACUGGUACACGGGCGAGGGUAUGGACGAGAUGGAGUUCACAGAGGCCGAGAGUAAUCUUAACGACCUGAUCGCCGAGUACCAGCAGUACCAGGAAGCCAGUGUCGAGGACGAGAUCGACGAGGUCUACGACGACGAGCGGCAAGAGGAGGAGUACUUGGCCGAAGACGCUCAAUGA